UUCCAUUGUUUACGGCAAGUGAGCACGAGCCAACAACAGGUGCGCGUCGGAGUUCACUACACAAGAAGAAAAUAUCAGUAUGCCAUUGUGCUAGCAACCGUACUGGUGGGCAGGAAAAGUGUCUUUGAUACUCGUACUCGGACAGUGCGUGGAUGAUUCACUGCUCGAAUUAUUAUUAGUGCAGGUGGAAUAGCAGGAGGGUGGAAUAUGUUAAUUCAGUGACAGGAUGUUCUUUAUACCAUGGCCAAACCUGAUUUCGAAUGGAAUAACAGAUAUAUACUAUGGAUUUUGGCAAUACUUUUUCACAAAUCUAUAACAGCUCUAACGGACAACCGGUGCUUCCUGGAAAACGGAGCUUCUUCAGAGAAUUUCUUCGUUGCCGAAGAUCUUCCAGUUGGAUCUAUCAUCGGGCAAAUACACGUCCACGGUGAUCCGAGAGUUGGAGGUUCUAUAGCACUUCGUCUGAAGGAGAAAGAUAGUCCAGUUAUAAUAACUCCAGGAACAAAAAAUCUAACACUACGGAAGCAACUGGAUAAGGAAGGUGUUAAAGGCCCUUCGUCUGUUUUUGUAAAUUUGAUAUGUGAAAGAGUCGGAACUCUUGAUCCAGGCUUCGUUAUCCCUAUAAACGUGAGGGUGACAGACGUAAACGACAACGCCCCAAUUUUUAUAAACGCCCCAUACAUCCUCAACAUCUCCGAAGUCACCGUAGUGGGUACGAGAGUGCUCCAAGGUGUCCACGCGAUAGACAAUGACCAGCAGGGUCUAUUUUCUAGUGUUAAGUACUCCGUUCUGCCCGGGCAAAAUUCGGACUUUUUCGAAUUCGAGAAUGAACUCGAAGGAACAUUAGUUUUAAAGAAACCUUUAGAUUAUGAGAGUUUGAAAAGUUUCGAUGUGCAUAUUCGGGCGCAAGAUCAUGGGGAGCCGCCGAAGAAAACGGACACAGUGCUAACGGUGAACGUGGUGGAUGCUGACGAUCAAAAUCCUAAAUUUCAAGAUGAUAGGUACACAGCAAUCCUACCAGAACCACCAAAAAAAGGUUCAAUCCUCAUAAUCAAACCAAGAGAAAUCCGGGCGUAUGACCAGGAUUUAGGUAUAAACUCACCAGUUUAUUACACCUUCAAUGAAGUUGGUGUAGAAUAUACGUUUUUUAAACUGAAUAGGCUAGCAGGAAAAAUUAGUUUAGCUAAAGAUCUAGCAGAUAAUGAUAUUCCAUACCCUGUGACUUUAGUUAUCAGAGCUACUCAACAGGAUAAUCCUGAUCGAUAUGCUUUAGCUACUAUUACAGUAUCCAGACACAUAGCGAAGGGAAUCAAAUUCCUUCACAGCACUUUUUAUAUCAAGGCGUCUGAGUCUCUACCCAUAGGUGCAGUCCUUGGAACUGUCUCCAAUAAUAGACCCGGUGAAUCACUCAGAUACUUCGUUUCAGAUCAAAACAUUUUAAAAACGUUUAGCCUCAACACGAAAGGAGAAAUAACUUUGAAGAAAAAACUGGAUUAUGAAGAUAAGUCUGAGUACUAUUUUAAAGUUUUCGCUACAGAUGGCAUCACGAAUGACUCCAGUGUUGUUAAUAUAUCUGUGGAUAACGUCAAUGAAUGGGAACCAAGAUUUCGGUAUCCCCACUACGAAUUCUUUAUAUCCGGAUCCCCGGAGGAGUUACUGGGUAAAAUAGAAGCAGCAGAUGGGGAUAAAAAUGACAAACUCACGUUAUCACUGAGUGGAGCAAAUUCUUCUAUGUUCACUAUUUCACAAAAUGGGGAGUUAAGACUGAAAGAUAUUAAAGAUGUAAAUGUUGGUAUGCUUAGCCUAGCUGUGGUAGCAACAGACAAUGGAAGACCUCCAAAAUCUUCUACAGUUCCGGUAACUGUUCACUUUCCAGAUUCUGCAGAUUCGUCCGGAAUUUCUGCUGGCAAGAAGAACAAUAGUGCGUCUCUUCUUUUGGCCGGACUUGGUGCAAUAUUGUUAGUUUUAUUAUUUGUAGUCGUCUUACUGGUUGCAUACAUUUGUAAAGUAAAACGUAAUCCAAGAUCUGACACCUCAAGUCUUCAUUCAGACAAAGACAAGAAUGGUCUUAAGAAAAUAACGAAUCCUAUGUUUGGAGAUCGUUCUAGAACACCCACUGCUUCUGCAAUGGGCGGGAUUCCCAGCGAACUCAGAUCAAAAAUUCCUAGUCCCAAAGUUCAUCCCGCACCUCAACCACCAUUAUGGGCCAAUGAUUGUUCCAGAAUCAAAAAGCUUAGCUGGGGAGAUGACAAAACUGAAACCGAAAACAAUGAGAAUAUAGCUGAUGUCUCACCUACUCCCACCACGUUGCAUAGUAAUACAAAUCUUACUGUUUACUUUUAAUAUAGAAUUUUGUUAUAUGAUCUUGUAUAUUAUUGUAAAAUUAUGUUAAAAUUAUUAAUAAUAAAAAAGUA